AUGAACCCAGACGAAAGCCCACAGCUACAGCAACGAACCACAUCCAAUGCCGAGGAAAUUCACGAAACAAAGCCUUCAGCAGCCCAACUAGAGAAUGUAGAGGAAGCAGACCUCCAAAAGUUCAAGCUUUCCAAGAUUGGAGGCGAUGUUGCCUUGGCACUCUUCGACAACGUGGGCGGGAUCCAUGACCCUAUCGACCCGGAAGAGGACCGGAAGCUUGUCCGCAAAGUUGAUUGGAUGAUUCUCCCCUACAUCUCAGUCUGCUACGCCUUCUUCUACAUUGAUAAGACUACCUUGUCUUACGCAGCCAUUUUUGACAUCCAGAAAGACCUUGGGUUAAAGGGUGCAGAGUACAGUUGGCUAUCCUCGGUAUUUUACUUUGGCUUCCUCGUAUGGGCUCUUCCGACAAACUUCUUGCUACAGAGGUUUCCCAUCGCGAAGUAUCUGGGUAUCAACAUCUUUGCGUGGGGCACCUUUCUCAUGCUUCAGGCCGUUGCGCCCAACUUCACAGUCUUGGCUGUGCUCAGAGCAAUAAGCGGUGCAGCGGAGGCCUGCGCUGACCCGGCCUUCAUGAUCAUCACCAGCAUGUGGUACACCCGGCGCGAACAACCCAUCAAAAUCGGCCUGUGGUACACUGCCAACGGCAUCGGUAUCGCCCUCGGGGGCCUGCUAGGCUACGGCAUCGGCAACAUCAAGGGUGCCCUGGCAUCAUGGAAGUACGAGUUCAUCAUCGUCGGCGCCCUCUGCUGCGCCUGGGGCAUUGUCAUCGCCGUCUUCCUCCCGGAUAACCCCAUUACGAGCAAGGCACUCUCGCAGCGCGAGAAACAAAUUGUGAUUGAGCGGCUGAGGGAGAACCAGACCGGUGUCGAGAACAAGACAUUGAAGCUGUACCAGGUUCGGGAGGCGUUCACCGACUUCAAGCUGUACUUCUUCUUUAUGAUUGCGCUGCUUCAGGCCAUCGUGAACGGGGGGACGUCGAACUUUGGGACGUUGAUUAUCAAGGGGUUCAACUUUUCUACGCUCAUCACAGCCGUUCUUCAGGUCCCCUACGGCGUCCUCAUUUUCAUUGCCAUCCUAGUCUGCGUGUUCAUCAACGACAGACUUCCUCCCAACAAUCGAUGCUUCAUGCUGGUCCUGUUCUUGCUCCCCAACGUCGUGGGUGCAUUUGGACUACGAUUCGUGCCCGACGACCAGCAAGUCGGGAGACUUAUCUGCUACUACUUGACCGGAUCCAUCAACGCUUCAUUCGUGCUGCUCCUCUCACUCCAAACAGCAAACAUUGCGGGACACACCAAAAAGGUCGUCACAUCAGCAUGCCUCUUCUUGGGUUACUGCGUAGGGAACAUUGCCGGUCCCUUCUUUUACAAGUCCGACCAGGCGCCCAAGUACGAGCUUGGCAUCUGGAGCAUGAUUGUAGCACAUCUGCUUGAAGUUGUCAUCGUCAUUGCACUGCGCUUCCUGUUAAAGUGGGAGAAUGAGCGGCGCGAUCGGGCGCAGGGUGAAGUUGCCGAGGUGGACUUGGACGCGACUGCGUUUGGGGACUUGACGGACCAGGAAAACAUGAACUUUAGGUACAUUUACUGA